AUGGUUCUUCCGAAACUUUCAAGGCUAUCGAUACUCUUCUUCUUCGCUACCUCCCAGGCGUCAAGUCUUUUUCAACGUCAAGAUGCGGUCUGUGGAGGUUUACCUGGUCUCUCACAGUGUGGCGGCGGUCUUCCCUCCGAGUUUUGCUGUCCUAAAGAUUCCACCUGCAAGCGUCUCAACAGCGCCGAUGCUAUUUCGGUCAUCUGUUGCCCUCCCGGGUCCGACUGCGAGCUUAUACAGUCCAUACCAUGCGAUAUAGGCCUUUUCGAUGCGAAGCUUCACCCAGACAACCAGAUGCACUUGGCCAACACCACCGAAAUUCAGCUCCCGAAAUGCGGUGAGAAGUGUUGUCCGUUUGGCUAUUCAUGCAAUGGAAAUGCAUGCAAGGCCAAUCCUUCCUCUGCGCCUUCUCAGUCGCCGUCGGCUUCUCCAUCUACUCCACCAUCGACCAUUCGUACCCCGACCUCGACGCCAACCCCGUCUCAGACGCCUUCUGCAUCCCAGACAACUGACCCGGCUACCAUCGUGCAGACCCAGCGAGGCUUCGAUGGCAGGUCCUUCGUCGCUGGCUUCUUUCCCGGCAUCGUCAUCGGCGCCCUUACCACUCUGGCCGUGAUCUGGCUCAUCAAGAAGCGACGAGAAGUUCAAGAAAAGAACCGCUACUCCGGUGACUUUGGUCAUGUUUCUCGUACCAUCAGUGAUCCCAUCUACGACCCCAACUAUGCGGCACGAACGGACUUCAUCAGACGGGGUUCGGGAUCCGCGCAGCCAUCGCCAAACUCCACCACCGGAUUUGUACGCAAGGAGACUACCCAAAGUGGGGGAGGAAUGACGCCCAAAAUCAGGAGCCUAUGGGAACGUACACCUAAACUUGGCUUCAGCGGUUUCGGGGGCCCACUACCGGCGCAUCCCGCACCAGCGGUGAGGGUAGGCAUGCAUGACGGGCGCGAUCCGUACAAGACACCUACACGGACACCGAAACGCUCCGAUUCGAUAUCUCGCACACGAAUUUCCGCGAUUGCGGCCAAGAACAGGGGCACAACAACUCAACAGCGCCCGGACACGUUAACAAGAGGCACCAGCACGGAGACGAUUGAUGUUCUCAUGCGGACUCCGAGUUUCCUGGCUCCGCCCAAGGCCCCGGGUAUGAGCGAGAAUAAGAAUAGAUUGACGCAGGACUCAACGAACACCACAUUUACGAAGCUGAUGGAGAGGGCGGGAAUUGAGGAGCGGACGAGAAACGAUGUGAGAAAGUGGGCUGGGAGUCCAGGUAGAGCGAGGUAA